CAGUCAACACGCGUGCGUAGAAACGUUUCUCUUCGGCAAAACGCCGUUUCCUUUUCCGUUUGGAUCUGACUAAGCGUCAAAAUGGUGCAGCGGCUAACCUAUCGGCGACGCCUGUCGUACAACACAAAAAGCAACAGAAGGCGUGUUGUACGUACGCCAGGUGGCAAAUUAGUCUACCAAUAUCUGAAGAAACCUAAGAAGAUCCCAAGGUGUGGACAAUGUAAGGAUAAACUCAGGGGUAUCCAGCCCGCGAGACCAAUGGAACGUUCGCGUAUGUGUAGACGUAAGAAGACUGUCAAGCGGGUGUACGGCGGAGUCCUGUGUCACAAAUGUGUAAAAGAAAGGAUUGUGCGUGCGUUCUUAAUCGAAGAGCAAAAGAUUGUCUAUAAGGUUAUGAAAGCACAGCAGGCCUCGGCAAAGACGAAAAAGGCAGAGAAGUAAUCUUGUGCUUUUUAUUAAUUAAAUAAAACACAAUAAAAUCCCAAAAAAUCAGCAAUUGCUAAUAUUAUUAUAGUAUGUCGCAUUUGUUGUACUAUAUUGACUUUGUCUUCGUGAACAAAUUCCACAACUUAUUUGAGAA